ACUGGUGGGCACAAGUGGGUGGGCACAGGUGGGUGGCACUUCUGGGCACAGGUAGGUGGCACUUCUGGGCACAGGUGUGUGACACUGCAGAGUGGCACAGGUGGGUGCACUGCUGGGCACAGGUGGGUGCACUGCUGGGCACAGGUGGGUGAUCUGCUGGGCACAGGUGGGCGGAGUUAGUGGGCGCACUGCUGGGCACAGGUGGGCGGAACUUGCAGGUGGCACUGCUGGGCACCGAUCAUCAGGGCACUGAUCAUCAGUGUCCUGAUGAUCGCGUGUCAUUGGACGCCGCUGAUCACGUGGUAGGACACAGC